AUGUAUAUCACUUUAGAUCCCUACUGCAAGAUAGAUGACUGUGGCCGAACAAAGUACCCUGGCGACGCAGACUUUGCAAGACAUCUUGUGUCCUUUGUCAGGCCCGAGAUCAAAAAUCUUCAAGGCAAGCGAGUCACACGCAAGCACUUUGAUGAAAUCAUGGCCCAGCAGAAGAGCGAAGAUGACGGCGUGGUCGAGACAUCCAUGGGAUACCUGGACUACGUGACAGAUGGUCUGCCGUCUGGUUAUGGAUUCAACAUCAUGACACCACCAGUGCAGUCGAAUGCAGUAACAGAUCUUGAUAUCGCAGCUUCUAAAUACCAAAUCCGCGAAUCCGAUGACCCGCAAAUUCGAUAUUAG